CUCUACAACAAAUUGACAAGGACUGAGGCCUAAAUACUAGCCCAACUCCGAACAGGCCACUGUAAACUCCGGAGCUUCCUAGCAAGAAUUGGAGCCGAGGAGAGUGAUCUCUGCAGCUGCGGUUAAGGGAAAGAAGACACUCGGCACUUUCUACUACAUUGCCAACAAUACCAACAUCUUCGUGAAGACAUGGUUAGAGAAGGGAAGGAACGGUACGGUGACCUGUCGUAUAUGCUAGGGGGACAAUCGUCUCAGGUAAACCUCAACGGGUCAAACCCUGACGGACCGAUAGAGAAGUGGAAACCGAACGUGAAAAUGGUCAGGACGGUGAUCAAAUACGCGCUGAAAACGGAGAGACUGGGUCGUCAAUCGGGCCACUAACGCGCAACACACGACUUUCAGCGGCCAGUAAGCUGAAGAGCGUGCAGAGGUGAGGUCAACACGACAGUGGGCUGUGGAAUAAAUCGAGGAUCCCGCAACAAGAUUGUUUUGUACAUAGU